GCACAACAACCUUUAGAUUGUUCAUGUACUUCAUGUACCACUUACUGAUGACUUACUCCACCGGAUAUUGACUCGGCAGCCCCCAGAACUAAGCAGUCACACCAUAUCUACAAACUGCAAUACAUAAUAAUGUCAGAAGACGAGCUUGUGUUUCCUCUAAAGUGCUCCAUACAGAAUUAUGCUUGGGGUAAACUUGGUCAUGAAAGUGAGGUUGCCUCUUUACUGAAAGCAUCGGAUCCAGCUUUUCAGAUAGAUGAGUCAACUCCUUAUGCUGAGUUAUGGAUGGGAACACACAUAAACUGUCCAUCAAAAGUCAGAACUGGCAGGGGAAGUACCUUGUCACUGAAAGACUGGAUUAUCCAGCAUCCUGAUCAGCUGGGGGAUGCUGUCACCAAGAGGUUUGGGAAUGAUCUCCCUUUCUUGUUCAAGGUUCUUAGCGUCAACAAAUCACUAUCUGUCCAGGCUCAUCCAAACAAGGUUCAGGCAGAAAAACUUCAUGCAAAAUUUCCAGAACUUUAUAAGGAUAACAACCACAAGCCGGAGUUAGCCAUUGCUUUGACACCAUUUAAAGCUAUGUGUGGGUUCCGCCCAAUUCAGCAGGUGGCAGAGUUCCUUUCAAGAAUAGAGGAACUUCGAGCUGUUGUUGGAGGUCCUACUUCAUGUAAGCUGAUAUCUGCAAGUAAAACUAUGGAUAUGCCUCUACAGAGAGAAGCCAUGAAAGACUGCUUUACUUCAUUGAUGAAUCAGGAGUCUGAUUUUGUCAAAUCAGAGCUGAAAUUGCUAAUUAAUCGUCUUCAAGACUUAGACAGUGCUGGGACAGACACCAGUGGGUUUGAGAGUGAAACUUUGUACAAGUUGUAUAAUGAAUUUCCUGGAGAUGUAGGAUGUUUCACUGUGUAUUUUUUGAACAUUGUCACACUUCAGCCGGGAGAGGGGAUGUUUCUGGAAGCAAAUCUGCCACAUGCAUACCUGUCUGGAGACACCAUGGAGUGCAUGGCAUGUUCUGAUAAUGUUGUCAGAGCUGGACUUACUCCAAAAUAUCGAGAUGUUCACACACUUUGUGAAAUGUUAGACUACACUGGAAAGCCAGCAAACAAAACCAAGUUUCCAGGAAAAUCUGUAACAGAAAAUGGAGUGACCAUAACAACCUUCAGUCCACCUAUUAGGGAUUUUGCUGUCAAAAAAUUUCAGACCAGCCCAGGAGUCACUGCCUUACAGCUUCCUGCAUUGACCAGUCCCAGCAUUACCAUUGUGAUUCAGGGUAAUGGAAUAGCAAACAACCCAACCCUGGAGUCGUCCAUUCCUCUCAAUCGUGGUGAGAUCUUCUUUGCAUCAGUGAAUCAGGAGGUGAUGAUAGAUGUCUCGUCAGAAUCCAUGCUGUUGUUUCAGGCCUAUGCUGCAGUUUAAAGAGAUGCUUGUUCAUGUACGUUGGAGAUGCAUUAACCAAUUCAGAAAGUUCAGCCAAUGAUCACCACCAAGCAGACUUGCUUGUUUGUUAUAUAUAGAAUCCUACUAAAGUUUGCUAUAUUCGUUACCUGAGCAUAUGAUUACAAAAUGUAGAUCUGAUAUGUGUUUUGAAUUUUGGAAAGAAUAUUAAGCUAGCUGAUUAGGGAAAUUCUUUUUCGUGCCUGAUUUUAAAUUAUAAAAGGAUCAUGGUCACAAUUUCAGCCAGAAAUGUUCAGUAUUUAUUUUCUACUUUUAAGCAAUAGCAUUGUAAACAUCAAAAAUGGGAAUGGAUAAAUAGAUUUAGAAUAUUUUAAGCUCAGUUGUGAUCAUGCAUACCCUACUAAAAGAGGGUAAAAUUUUUAAAAUUGUUGCACCAUGUAGAACUUUGAUUACAAUUUAUAAUAUAAGAGGUAUAUAUAUUUUUCAAUUAAUAAUCACUCUAGACCUGACUCCUUGAGGUGAAUUUGGUGCUUGGCAUUAUUUUCAAAAUAUCCUGCUUGUUUCUAUAUGAAAAGAAAUGCUUGCCUGUUUGUUUGACUGCCUGUAUGUAAAGCUGAACUAUUUGUUAUGUUGUUUUUCUACAAACUUUUCUAUUCUGACUGACAUUAUUUAUUUUGGUAUAUUUUUAAAAUCCUAUUUUAUUUAUGGAAUGUUUUUUUUCAGGAGUUAUUAUAAUGUAAUUUAAGUUAGCCUUACUUUAUUAUGUAAUAAGUUAACAUCCUUAUAGCAAUGAGUUUCACUACCAUAGAUGUUUAUAAAAAAAUUCCACAUUCUGAUUUUCAUCCACAUCAAUUUAAACUGAAAAAAAAAAUUAAUUGUAUGAAGUGCUACUUGUAUAGAAAUUGGCUACAUGUCUUAUGAUAUGCAAAAGUUUUACAUAAUGAAUAAGAAAUGCAAUACUGACUGUAAAUCUUUUAUUAUUUGUAUCGUAAAAUUAUUUUUCUAAUUUCCUAUGAAGAAAAAGGGCUUUAAACUUAAUUUGAGACAAUAAUUAUAAAAUGGAUCCAAAUGUUUUAGAAUGCUUUAAAUGUAAACAAAGAAUGUUGGAAUAUUAAAAAAAGGAAUAUCAUUA